CGACGACACUGUAACCAGGCAGCGUAUGACAGGACCGGAGGCUGCCCUUGGCUAGCCGAGCUAUCCGGAGCCAGAUAGCUAAACAACGAGCACAAACCCUCUCCAUUAAACUGUGUGUGUGAAGUUGUCGCUUGGUUGUUUCAGGUGCUGCGUUUGUGCGCCCUCCUGCCCACCUCAGGUCAGAGCUGAGGGUUGGGGUCAGGUCUUGGGCUAAAUGUCACACAGUCCUGGUGAAGAGGGGGGUCUAUCUCAGGCUGCCCCAAAGGUCAACACACAAGAACAGCUUGACGACCCCAAUCAGGCUGCGGCAACAGGGACCACACCUGAGGAUCAGGUGAGGGUGUCUCAAGUGGUUGAUGAGGCCUCUCCUUCUUCCACGUCCUCCUUUGAGAUGCUCGACAUGGAGCCGGUCCCAGCUCCCUAUCAAGAAGUGCAGCCUCACUGGUUCUUCUGUCGACGGGCUGAGGACAACACCUCCUGGCUCCCUUUCAGCAGAGAGGACUCUGACAAACUAGAGAAUGCCUGCAACACUGUAAGAGAAAAGGAGGAGGAGGUGGUGGUAGCUGUGGAUGGAGAGCGGUAUGACAUACAUGUCAAGGAGAGGAAGCGCUACGCUGUGUACUGGGAGCAAGCUCCCACUGAAGUCCGCCGCUGUACCUGGUUCUACAAAGGAGAUAAAGACACAAGGUUCAUGCCGUACCCCGAGGACUUCAGCAACAGUCUGGAGGAGGCCUAUAUGAUUGCAGUAACCUUGGACGAAUGGAAGAGAAAGCUGGAGUUUCCCAAUGGAGAGACUAUUAUCUUACAUAAUCCCAAACUGAUAAUGCAGUAUCAGCCGAUUGGAUUGCAGGAUGAGUGGGUGUCCUCCCCCUCGGAGCAGACCCGGCCUCGAACUGUCAAAAGAGGAGUGGACAGCAUCUCUGUAGAAAUACCUGAUGGUGAACCAGAAAAAGUGGACCACCUUGUCUUUAUGGUACAUGGCAUCGGUCCUGCAUGUGACUUGCGCUUCAGAUCCAUCAUACAGUGUGUAAAUGACUUCAGGAGUGCUUCCCUGUCCCUCCUGGCUUCUCAUUAUAAACGUGCCCAGCAGGAUGGCAAGAUAGGAAGAGUGGAGUUCCUCCCAGUCAACUGGCACAGCGCACUACACGGGGAUGCCACUGGUGUGGACGAGGACAUCCAGAGGAUCACUCUGCCCAGCAUCAGCAGGCUGAGACAUUUCACCAACGACACUCUGCUGGACCUGUUUUUCUAUAACAGUCCCACCUACUGCCAGACCAUAGUGGACACAGUGGCUUCAGAGAUCAACAGGCUGCACACCCUCUUUAAACAGAGACACCCAGAGUUCAACGGGGAUGUUUCAGUUGUGGGCCAUAGCCUGGGUUCACUGAUCCUGUUUGACAUGUUAACCAAUCAGAGGAAUGGAUCUGAAACCAGAAAGGGGGUGCCCACCAAUGAGCCCUUUCGUCUGAGCUGUGACACACUGGAGCAGACUCUGACCAGACUGGGCCUACAGCAAUACCUGGAUACGCUGCAGACAGAAAACCUCGACCUGGAAUCACUGGCUCUUUGCCAAGACGGUGAUCUCAAGGAUUUAGGAAUUCCUCUCGGACCUCGGAAGAAGAUCCUGAACUACAUGAGGAGAAAGUGGCUUCCAGAGGAUUGUAAGACAGGAGCAGUACAUCUGGCACCAGGGCUACAAGUUCCACCUCAAGUGACCAGUGACCACGAUGGUAACCAGUCUUCAGAACUGACGAUGCAGCAGUCCCAGUUCCACAGGGCGCAGUCUGUCACCAGUGCUGUAGACUACGAAUACUUUGACAUGGGGAUCGGACAGGUAUCCAUUGAUUACCCGCAGCUGGCUUUCCACCCUCAAACGUUUUUUGCUUUUGGCUCUCCUAUUGGAAUGUUCCUCACCGUUCGUGGGCUAAAACACAUUGAUCCCAACUACACCUUCCCAACCUGCAAGAGCUUUUACAACAUCUACCACCCAUAUGACCCUGUGGCCUAUCGGAUAGAGCCCAUGAUUGUGUCAGAGGUGGAUCUGGAGCCCAUGCUGAUCCCUCAUCACAAAGGCCGCAAGAGGAUGCACCUGGAACUAAAGGACAGCUUGACUCGUAUGAGCAUGGAUUUGAAGAACAAUGUUCUUGGGUCAUUGCGGACGGCAUGGCAGUCCUUUGCUAGACUACCAGUUGCUGCACUGCCUCCGGUGGACGAAGGAGAAACUACAAAAGAGACAAACCUUCAAGAUACACAGGCCUCAGCGGCAGUCGCUGCUUCUGCUAAGAGGGAAGAGAAAAGUGCUGAUUUUUGGACUAAAAUACUGGAGGGGCCCAGGGCCUUUUAUAAGCAUUACUUCAAAGGAGUGUGUGAGGAGGCAGAGUCCUCAGUGUCAGCUGAGCAGACGGAGCAGCCUGAGAUUAAAGUGGGAAUGUUGAAUGGAGGAAGAAGGAUCGACUAUGUACUCCAGGAAAAACCCAUCGAGAGCUUCAACGAAUACCUGUUUGCCAUCCAGUCUCAUCUGUGUUACUGGGAAUCUGAGGAUACAGCUCUCCUGCUGCUCAAGGAGAUCUACGACAAACUAGGUGUGGCCUUUGAACAGCCACAACAGUAAUAAAGUUUUAUUAAUGUAGACUUGCCUUUUAAGUUCAGUAAAAGUGAGAAAAUGAAGGACAACUGACAGAGCCAGAGGCUGCACAAUCCUCUUCCAGAAUGCCUUACCGUCUGGGUGUUACCUGACUGCCCCACCCUCUCCUCCCCCAACAAUGGGGCAGACUGUUCGGCAGCAGUCAAGUUAUCUUGGUUCACAUACGUCAGUCAACUUUAAUUUUGCGGUAGCAGUGGCUUUUUGGUGCCGCCUAAACCACCAUUGCAGGACUAGGUUUGACAUCCAGCGAAACAUCACAGUCCCGCUCCUGGUCGCACUUUUCUGUCUUUUUUGACAUAUUUUUUAUUUUGCUUUUACUUUGCACUUUCACUUACCAACAGCAGUUGACAUAUCAUGCGAACAGCUGCAUAAUAUUGAGCAACUUUGAGUAUAAAACAGCCUCCGAAAAUCAGAAAUGAAGAACUAUAAUUAUAAUUAAUUAUAAUUCUUAUUAUGUGUGUUGACACUUUUAAAAUUCAAGCUGUCUUGACCAAGGAAGCUCUCUCUUAGCCUAACAUUAGACCACACCUUUAUAAAUAAGUGGGUCAAGUGGUUUCAUUGGUUGACUGUAAAAUGUUUACCUUCUGAUUAGGAAAAUUAAGGUUGAUAUAUUUUUCAGGCAGCUAUAUUUUCUUUCUGUCAACAUUAAGGCCACUCGAAACCUGAAGCUGCUCCCACAGUUGUGCAAUGUAACAAUAAUGUAAUUUUUUAUUUUACAGGCGUAGUCCUGUACUGACACUAUCAUUGAAAGUGACGCUCGUUUUGCCUUCUAAUUAUAUUUUUAUUUUACUUGCAAUAUAUAUUUUAGUUUGAUCAUAUAUAUAUAAAUAUAUAUAGAGACGUGUAUCUAAAAGAAGUAAUCCUCAUGAAGAUUUGUUUUAGAAAUGAAGUGGAGAAAUGCACGAGUGCUUGAAAGGUCAAGCUGGUUGUCUUUUCAUAGUUUGUGUUUAUGUGUGUGUGAGUACAGUUUGUAUGCUCUAGCAGUGUGCAAACUGUACGGAGAGGUCAGUUCCACUUUCCCCCAGGUCUGUGCCAUUCAUCCUUUACCGCUUUCUUCUUUCUACUAUUUUGUAGUUGACCCAAAAUGUAUACUCCUGUAAAUCCUAACAGCGGUAUAUUCUUUAUUCUAUUCUAUACAGACUGGCAUCUCACCAUAAACAGUUCUAACAUUUGCAUAAUUGAAGGGCCAAAUGCUACGUUUCUCUCGUCUGUUCCUUUGUAUCAAAGUAUGUUAAAAUCAUCUUUUCUAUCUGUAUUGCAUGCACUUAUUUGUUAUGUUUUAUGCAGGGUUUCUCAACAUUUUCUGGUCCUGACCCAAUUCUUAGGUCCCAAAAUGUUCUCAUGUACCUGUUUAGUAAGAUAGUUUUCACAUUGCAAUCAUAUAAAUUUAAUUUAAAGAGCAUGAUAAAUAGAUUAUAUAGAACCUAUGUUUCAUAGCAAAUACAUUUAUUUUAUAUUAAAUAUAUCUAACAAAUAUGAAUAUAUGAGUGUUAUAAAUAUCACAAAUCUGCACUUUCAUAUAAAGCAACAUAGGGGUCCAGACUGCAAGGUUGAGAAACUCUGUCGAGUGGUUUAACUUUAAAAUGACUCGUAUGUUAUGCACUGUCAGGGCACCGCAGUCCCCACCACCAAAGCUCUGAAUGACCUGUAUCUCAGCCAUCUGGGUGUAACAUCCGCACAACAGAUGAAUUAACCGAAUGGGGUUGUUCAUUUUUCUUCCUUAAGAAAUGCACUGACUUAAUUAUCAUGUGGACGUUUCCUUUGAACCUCACCAUCAUCUCUGUUUCUGUCAUCUGUCUAAACAGUAAAACGGGACUUAUUUUCUUUACCAUAACUAAUGUUUUUGCACUUGAUACUAAAAUGUUGAUACAUACCAAAAAAAAACAAAUGUUCUCCUUUCGAAUACACACCCUGUGAGUAUGGUUACAUGAUGUGUGUGCCAUAAUAAAACAUUACAAGUG